AUGUCGUCGCUCUGGAGCGCGCUCACUGGGGGCAACAAGCCCCAGCAGCAGCAGCAGCAGCCGUCGCAGCAAAUGGUGCAGCAGCAACCGCAGGCCUUUGCCUCGCCAUCGGCCUUUGACCCGUCCGAGGGCCAGGGCGUCGAGGCCUUCCUCCAGAACUCGUCGUUUGCCGACCCCUCGCAGCUGCACCCCCUCGCCGGCCUCAACAAGGACGCCCUCGAGUACCUGAGCCUCGACGAGUCAGCCCUCUCCGACCUGCCCGGCAGCCAGUCGGUGCUGCCGUCGCGCGGCUUCACAGACGACCUGUGCUACGGCACCGGCAUCACCUACCUCACCGCCCUGUCCAUGGGCGGCGCCUGGGGCCUGCAGGAGGGCCUACGCAGGUCCGCCGGCCAGCCGCCCAAGCUGCGUCUCAACUCGGUCCUCAACGCCGUCACCCGCCGCGGGCCCUUUCUCGGCAACUCGGCCGGCGUCAUUGCCAUUACCUACAACUGCAUCAACUCGCUCAUCGGCUACCUGCGCGGCCAGCACGACGCCGCGAACAGCAUCCUGGCCGGCUUCCUGAGCGGCGCCGUCUUCAAGAGCACCAGGGGGGUCAGGCCCAUGUUGAUUUCGGGCGCCAUGAUCAGCUCCGUGGCUGGCGUGUGGACGAUCACCCGGCGGUCCUUCUUCCCCAUCCCCACACCCGCGGCUCCGAAGGAGAGCCUGUAA